AUGGGACCAGUAAGUGUUGAAAAUGCUGCUGUUGCUGCACCUUCUUCUUAUUUAAGUAGCGAAAUGGAUCCUUUGCAGCAGCAGCAGCUGCAGCAGCAGCAGCAGCAGCAGCAGCAGCAGGCUCCGUCAUCUGUUUGGGCUCCUCCUUCGGGGUCAUCGUCUCGCUGCGACUCAACAGCAGCAACAGUAACAUCAUCAUUAUCUGUAGCAAAACCAACAGUAGCAGCAACAGCAACUGCAGCAACAGCAACUGCAGCAGCAGCAGCAGCAGCAGAAACUGCAGCAGCAGCAGCAGCAGGAAAAGGAACAUUAUCUGCAGAGAUAUCUUCUACCCCAACAUCUGCAAAUACAUCUCGAGGUACCUCCCUAUCCGCACCAACAACAACAGCAGCAGCAGCAGCAGCAGGAGCAGCAGGAGCAACAGGAGCAACAGGAGCAGCAGGAGCAGCAGGAGCAGAAAGGAAAGAAUUUCCAUCAUCAACAUUAGCAGCAAUGGCAGCAGCAGCAGCAGCAGCAAAUAAGAGAGGAGGAGGUAAUUGGCCAUUACUUCCUCCUCCUGAGCAAGUUGGUACUUAUUGGACUGGACCCAACGAAGAACAGGGAGAAGAGGGGGGAGAAACACUGCAGCAGCAGCACCAGCAGCAGCAGCAGCAGCAGCAGCAGCAGCAGCAGCAGGAGGGAGAGGGAGAGGGAACAAAGAUAGAAGAAUUAGAAGAAUUAAUACAGGCACAAGAUAUUAAAAAAAAUAAUUAA